CAGCGUCAACAGAAGAAGAACACAAUGACCGACCCGAAUUUCUACAUCGAGACUCCUCGUCUCUACCUAUCAUACUUCGACCCCUCGAAAGACGCGCACUGCGAUUUCCUAGUAUACCUUUACAACACUCCGGAGUUCAUAGCUUCUCUCUGUGGCAAGAGCACUCACAUCACAACGCGCGAAGCUGCUCGCAAACGGCUCGCAACACUUUUCAUCGACGAGCAUGUCCGCAACGGCUACGGCACGUAUCUUGUCAGUUUAAAACCAGACGGUGCCAACAGCUCCAAAGUCUCUGGAGACAUCUCCAUCCAGCAGAAGCUCCAGUCUUGCAAGAUGAUUGGAUCUGUGUCACUGCUGCUUGGCGAGACAUACACGGCUCCGGAUCUCGGAUUCGCAAUUGUGCCAGAAGAAACACGAAAGGGGUACGCCAAAGAAGCAUCAAAGGGCUUGCUGAAGUACGCCAAAGAAAUUUUGGGGAUAGAUGCGGUGCUGGGACUCUUUUACCCGAGUAAUGAGUCAUCGAGAGCAAUGUUUCGGAGUCUUGGGUUCGAAAGUCGCGGUGUGAGGAAGUUGGAUGUGUUUAAUAGCAAGGAUGGUGAGGUGUGGGCACUUCCGGGGAUGGAUGAGGACCUUUCAGUCUACGGUCUAUAAAGUUGGCCUGGUGAUGCACCAAAAAGAGUCUGUAUCCCAGACAUGAGUGUCAGCUUACCAUUCAGCAC